AUGGCUGGCGAGGCGCUGAGUCGGGCGCUGAAGCGCCACCCCGAGCUGCUGGCGGCGGAGGAGCGGCGCAUGAAGGCUUCUGCCGCAGUGCUACAGCAACUCCUCGCAGAAGAGACGUUCUCCCGCACCAUGCGCGAGUGCCCGGAGGCGCUGCUGGCGGAGGCGGCAGAUCUCCUGGAGCUCGGCCGCGUCUUCGCGGACUACGAGGUGUCCCUGGACAAGGUGGUGCAGCGAUCGCCGCGGCUUCUCCUCUGCAAGGCUCAGCAGGUUCGGAACAUUUUGGGCUUCCUCCAGGAUGAGCCGAGCGGCCCAGGGAUGAGCAGGGAGCAGGUGGGAGAGGUGGCGGAGCGGUUUCCCAUGCUGCUGCUGGGCUGUCGCAACGUGGAGCAACAGCUGGCGCCGCUGGUCUCCUUCCUGCGGUCCUUGGGCGUGGACCCCAAGUGCGCGGCCUGCCGUGGCUUCUACGCCUGGCCGGAGGCCCACAAAGUCCUGGAGCCCACCGCGAGGUACUUGCUUGAUGAGUGCGGGUACGGCCCCAAAGAGCUGGCCGAGAAUGUGGAUGUGCUUGGGUAUUCCCUUGAGGCUCGGAUCUACCCCAGGGGGCGGUUCCUCCAACACCUGAAGACGCGCCUGCCAUUGCGCGUCCACGCGGCGGCCGAUGAUUUCCAGUUCUGCCAGCUGCUGGGCGUUCGCCGCGAGCAGUUCCUGGAAUUCGCGCUCGACCUGCGCCGCGAGAUGCGGCUCUACAGUCGCGCGGUGCCCGUGGCGGUCAAGAGCUCCAGCUUCGCGCUGUCCUUCGGGCUGCCGCUGCGGAUGUACAGUCCUCAUCGCAAAGGCUGCGUGGCGGCGAGCUGUGCCCUGGAGAAGAAGACCGUCUACAUGCGCAGCAUCCGAGACGAGAGCAUCAAGAGCAAAGAGUUUUGUGCCAAGGACGUGUGGGUGAUCGAGCCUGCGAACCACGAGUUCUUGAAGGACACAGGCAUCGAGUACAGCGUCACGCUGAGCUGCCGCGCUUGA